AUGAACGAUUUGACUGAGACGAUGGGAAAUGUUUCCUUGAGUUAUCAAUCCGAAGAGCUAGAGCAAUUGCUAUUCAGACCUCAGCAAGGCAGUGGAUUAGCGCAGACGGCCUUGGAUGACAUUCCCCGUUACCUUUUUCGCGUCGUCUGCCCCCACUCCGUUGGCGAGACAAAUGAGGCGUGGGUACGUUCAGAGGCGGCCUCCAAGAAUGAGGACUCGUCCAUGGAAGAUAUUUUUUUCAACUUGGACAAUGAUAAAAGGAGGACAGUAGCUCGAAUGCUCAAUCAGCAUAUUCGAUGGUGGCCAAAAGAUGGCUCGAGUGACAAUUUUGUUUCAUGGAGCAGCUCGCUGCUCUCCUCACUUCAGUACAUCUACUAUCGACAUCUGAGCUCCAAAACUGGACUCAGUAUAGAACAUAUCGAUUUAUAUGUCAUAGAUACGACACUAUUUUCAACAGGCACAUUCAUUCGGGAUUUGGAUUUAAUCCAUACUUUUUGGGAAUCCGACGAUCAUCCACCCAGACAGAACCUUGAGAAUCUACAGUACCUUCGCAACGAAACCAAAUAUUACUUCGGAGAAUACCUGUCACAAGGACCGCUCAAGGUCGAGGGCAAAUGCGAAAUAAUCCCCGCCCAAUCUCUUUUUACAAAUGAUCGACUACGCCGUCUACAGCCGCAUUUCAAAUUCUAUAACGAACCAUUCAGAAAUGAAAAGCCCGAAUGGGCAAAAGAAGUGAUCCGUCUUCGUGGAGCUAUUUGGCCAACUUCCGGCACACCAAUAUUAUCGUCAGUGGAGAUGCGUGAUCGUUUACAGGCCGUCAAAGAGAUCAUAGAGACUCUUUCAUUUAACUGGAGAUUCCCUCUUGCUAUCUAUUUUGCAGCACUGGUGCGCUCUGAAUCGACAACAAAGAACCAACGAACGGCAGCCGACGACGCCUUCUUCCAAUAUUUCCAAUCUGACUUUCUUACCUAUGGACAAAAAUUGUUACGACCUUCAAACUUCAAUGUUAUCUCACCAAAGACAAUGCCUGAAAUGAAGCAAGUCAAAAGUCUUGUUCGUGAAAUACACAAGUAUUUGGCGUUGAGACAAGCGCUGGAUCGCAUAAAUGUGGCCGAAGCAAGUAUUCGCAGCUUACACCUCGAUAAUAUAAUUCCAGAGAACGAACCUGCUAUUGUUAUUGCCGAUUCAAAUGAGGUACUGGCUCGUACUGGCCAAAGUUUAUUGUCGAGGCUUCACACAUUACAAAUGCUGUGUAACGAAGUCGAACUUGCAAUCCAUCCCGCAGAGUCUGGUUUACAACAGAACGUGGAAAAACCUCUCGAUCGCGGUGCAGGCGUCGGUGUACAGGAUAAAGACAGUGAGCCUUCUCCUGCACAGUCUGUACAACAGCAGCAUAUCAAAUAUUUUCUUGAUAGCCAUGCAGCGCUCAAAGCUCAAGACAGAUACGGUAAAAAACUACAUUCCAUGCCAAUGAGCCCCACACCAAAUGUGAAUACCCAUGAGGUUAUAAGGGCUGGUAAGCCCGAAAACAUGCAUCUUCUCUCACGUCCAACUCCACUGAGACACAGCUCACAGCUCCAAUGCAACAAUGAACAACACUACUUCGAUGGCAUUCGUGAAACAUGCUUCUCUAGUAUACCGGCGCUUUCCACCCUCGAUCGUCUGAAGUUGGGCAUGGAAUCAAUUGUGAGGGCGCCCAUUGAUUGGUGGCCACUGCGACAACCGGAUAUUCCAUGUCCAGUGGGCCACGUGACGGUCAAAUGGAUGUUCCAUCGAAUGAGCAAUAACCACAACCAAGUCCUUCCCGGCCCCAGCGAAGUCCCAUCACGAAAGGCAGAGUACGACUUCAAGAUGCCUGAGCCUGCAGAUGUCCACAUUAAAAUAGCAAGUGGGCAUAUCGCGGCUGGUAUGAGAAAUCCCAAGUUCAGCGAAGGGGUGGUAGAAAUUCUUCAUUUGAUACCGCAAAAAAUUGUGCCACCCUUACUUCCAACCGCUGUUGGCACGGAAGGAUGGGGUUUGCACGCUGUACAAGGAUGGUCAUUUUUGAAGAUAGUUUCAUGGUUCCUCGUGACGCAGCUAGUCGGUUUUGUAUUUGUUUUGUUGUGGCUCACCUUUGUCAACAAGACGGACCUCCAGAACGCUUUCGUUCCAUUGGUAUUCUUUACCACGUCGGUCAUGGUUGGCGUCGGCAUAUGCCAAUCCUUCACUCCAGCAUAA